CCACUCACUACAAUACAACCAGCAAGCAUGGCUUAGUUCUCACUAUUCACUCGCAAACAAUAAUUUCUUUUCCGCAAUAUUAUUUUCUCGGUACCAAAGAAGUCGCUAGAAGAAUUAAAGAAAAACGAAAAAUAAAACAGCUAACAACCCAAGAGAGGGAAACGAAAACUCAACCGAACCCCGCGACGAGAGAUAUGCGAUUACGGUGGCGGCGGCGGUGGUCAGGGUUGUUGAGUCCCCGAUCGACGGCCAAUGCAGCGGUUCGUUGCGGCGGCGGACGGCGUCGUUGAUGGACCUGCAGAUGACUUGGCAGCCGAGUCUCCUGAGUCAGAAACGCAAAACCGGUCCUCCUAUAGGGCUCCGUAACCUGGGCAACUCGUGCUACCUCAACAGCGUCCUCCAGUGCCUCACAUACACUCCUCCUCUCGCCAAUUUCUGUCUCACUCUCCAACACUCUUCUCUCUGUGAUUUCUCUGCGUCUACGUGUCCGUUCUGCAUACUGGAGAAGCAGAUUGCGCGUUCACUAAAAUUGGAUCUCUCGCACGACGCGCCUUCCAAGAUCCAGAGCUGUAUACGGAUCUUUGCUGAGCACUUCCGCUGUGGCCGCCAGGAAGACGCGCACGAGUUCCUCCGGUACGUAAUCGACGCCUGCCACAAUACCUGCCUCCGCCUCAAGAAGCUCCACCGCAAAGGCGGAGACGCUAAUGGAGGCGGCGGAGACGGUGGCGGGAGUACGGUGGUAAAGCAGAUUUUCGGUGGCGCCUUGCAGAGUCAGGUGAAGUGUCUGUGCUGUGGAUAUGAGUCGAAUAAGGUUGAUGAGAUAAUGGAUAUCAGUCUUGAUGUUUUCCAUAGUAACUCGCUUCAAGACUGCAUGCAAAAGUUCUUUCAGCCUGAGGUUUUAGAUGGCAACAACAAGUACAAGUGUGAUAGGUAAGUUACCGAGUGGGAACAAGUGCGUGAGUAUUA